GCAUCAGUGAACAGACCAAUCAAUGCAACAGCAACACUAAGUAACUACGUCCACUCAGAGAGAACUCACUGAAUACAGAGAGCUAAUUUUGGAGGCAAGCGGCAUUCAAACUGCCACCUGCUCUCGUCUCUCACUGAGCUGCAGGCUCACUGGUGGUGGAGGAACGGUGGACGCAAACAGUCUGUUGGAGGAGCUCUCUGUGUCCGGGGAAAAUGUCAGGGAGCAGCCAGCCACAGGACCUACAGCUCAUUAAAGAACUAGAGCUCAUCUUGGAUUCCUGCACACUGGAGCUCACACCAGUGGAUGAAGUCUGGCCAAACCUGUACAUAGGAAAUAUGGCCGUGGCACAGAAUAAAAAGAAAUUACAUAAGCUUGGCAUCACUCAUGUCCUGAACGCAGCGCACUCCAAGCAGGGCAGCAUCGGUGACCAGAGUUUUUAUGGGAACACCUGCGUUUACUUUGGCAUCCCAGGAGAGGAUUCAGACCGCUUUGACCUCAGUCCGCACUUCAAACGUGCAGCUGACUUCAUACAUAAAGCCCUGAAGAGUAAAGAUGGAAAAGUGCUGGUGCAUUGCAUCAUGGGCAUGAGUCGAUCGGCCACUUUGGUCCUGGCCUACUUCAUGUUGCGGCGGCGUCUCGCUCUGAGAGAUGCUCUGAGGCACGUCGUCAAAAAACGAGCCAUUUUUCCCAACCAGAACUUUCUGUCUCUCCUCCUCAAGCUGGAUGAACAGCUGAUAUUUAAACGGCGGUUGUGUCCUCUUCUCUGACAUCUCUAAAUCUCUCUUUUCACCUCCUCUAAACUUCUUCAUCACCUCUCUUUUUCUUCCCAUGUGUUACACUCCACUCUGAGCAGUACGGACAAUAUCUGUAAAUAAUACCAUACGAAUGUGUAUGUAGUUUAAAUUCAUACGUUUAAAUUCCAUCUUUGUAUUUUUAAGGUUUCUUCUCAUGCAGGUUUAACUUCUGGGUUCACAAGCAAUGAUCAUGUGUUGUGAAAAGUGUCUUUAUUCUCUGAGGUUUGUAUUCAUAUUCAAACUUUAUUCAUGUUACCUGUAAGCUUUGUAAAUAUAGCUUUAUGACUCGUUAUGAAUAACCAUUAAAGAUAUUUUAUGAUAUUUCAUCAAAAGAUUCUGGCUGGAAUGACUAUAGUAUGAGUGGUACACUAUAUCUUUUUUAAUAGGUUUUAAACUAUGCACAUUACGACUUUUUGACAAAACAUAACUUUGCUUAAUAAGGAACCUUGUCAUUCUUUAAUAAUCCAAUCAACCAGAGGUUGUUUUUUUGUUUCAGCCAAAUCAUUUUGCAUUAACAAAGUCUUCUCUGAUCGAUACUGUCUUACCAUUCUGACAAAAACAAGCAUUAGAUUGAUAUAGUACAGUUAUUAAUUAUCUCACUUUUCUAGAUGGAUUUCAAUGUGGACUCAUUAUAAUUGACGGGCAUAUGAAUACAGUAACUAAAAAUUGGACAUAUUUUAAACUGAUGAUUAAAGAAAAGUAGGAUAAUACUGUAUUAUGACUGAACAAAACGUAAAAGAUUGCAAUAAAAAAGUAAUGACAAAAUUUCUUUCAACGUGUAGCUUACAUCCCGUUACUGUCACUGUUGUACUGUACAGUCAUCUAAAGGAGCAAACAUAGUGCUGCACCUACACUCACAAGUUUUGUAUUCCCGAAGCCAAAGUUCAAUGAGCAUAACCUACAUUUUGGAUUUAUGGUAAUAAUUCAUGAUGUAAACACAACAAAUGCAGCUGAAGUAAACAUGUCACUGGUGAAUGUUAUUCACAGCAUGGAUCAUAUUUCUUAAAGGAGCAGAGCAGCAGGUGUUACUCUGCAACAUAGAGACACAUACAGCACAGCAGUGUGUUACAUAACUGCGGUCAUGGAAACUAAGCAUUUGAGCUAAUGUUAAAGUUCACAGGAUAAUGUUACAAUGUUGUCCAUAAGAAUGAGACUACAGGCAUGCAGACAACAUUUAUUAAUUGUGUUUUAAAGUGCUCGAACAGCUCAUAGAUGCAUUCUGCAGGAUGUUUUACCACUAAUACGUGUAUGAUUAAAGA